UACCCAAAUCAACUAAAGAGAAGAAUCCCUACAUCGAGUCCAAAAUACAGAGUAUAGAGUAUUGGGGAUAAAAAACAAGGGAUUGGAAGAUUAAAAUUGAAGCCCCAAAAUAAUGAAAUUUCCCCAAAUCUGAAUGGGAACAUUUGCCCUAACCCAUCUCGCCCUAUUCGGAUCCUCCAUUCACGACGGUUCUUGGAUCCUGCGCUCAUCGGUUGGCCGCGGCAGCGAGUGAUGGAUUGCGGCGUUGGAUCCAUCGUGUGGGUGCGCCGGCGGAACGGCUCCUGGUGGCCCGGCCAAAUUCUCGGCCCCGACGACCUCUCCGCCUCUCACCUCACCUCGCCCCGAUCCGGAACCCCCGUCAAACUCCUCGGCAGAGAGGACGCCAGUGUGGAUUGGUACAAUUUGGAGAAAUCUAAGCGCGUUAAGGCAUUCCGAUGCGGCGAGUUUGAUGAUUGCAUCGAAAAGGCUGAGUCCUCUCAGGGAGGACCGUUGAAGAAACGAGAGAAGUAUGCGAGGCGAGAAGACGCCAUUCUUCACGCUCUUGAGCUCGAGAAACAGAUUUUGAAGAAGCAAGGGAAACCAGGUGCUAGAUCGUUGAAUACUGUUAGAAAAGGCGCAGUUACGUCGUCGUCACCGGAGACGCUGGGGAAUGAUUAUGAAAAGUGUGCAAAUUCAAAUUCGUAUAUUUACUGUGAGAAUGAGGCUGCUGGAAGUCACUUUCAUUCUGAGGUGGCCAGGGAUGUGAAUCACCUGCGUGGGGAAGUGGAUUACUGUGAAACAACUCCUCGGAUGAGAGACUUGCAGGAUUUUGGGCUCAGAAUUGCCCCCGCCAAGAGGAAGUAUUCGACUUCUCUUGAUCCGAAAUUUGGCGUUGACGAUGGAGCUCGGGGUCUUUCAAGUGGUGGUGUUCACAUGAAUGGAGCUGGUCACGUAGGAUCUUCCCGAGCUAAGAGGAGCAGAUGUGUGUAUUUUCAGCCUGAGUCUAGUGAUUCUCUUGAUUAUAGAGAGACUCUACCCCGUGCGGAGAUGUCGUCUUCCCAACGCAGAAAGGAGUUUCCUUAUCAUGGUUCUUUGGUUGGAGAGACUGAAUAUACUUUUAUGGAUGAUGUUGAAUCUGAUUCUUCAGAAACAGCUUCUACUGAUUCUGAUUCCGAUUCUUCUGAGACAGAACCAGACUUAGAUGAGGAUAUGACUAUAUUUUCAGAAACUGGUCAUGAUGCUGAAGAACACGAAAACACUAGCAGUGAGGAGCUUGAUGAAUUAGCAAUUUCCAGUGACAUGCCUCACCUCUAUCCUCGUGACGUAAUAACAAAUAAUGAAGCUGUGUCUAAAUGGCAACUGAAAGGCAAAAGAAACAAUCGGAAUCUUGUAAAGAGGUCUGUUGGUGCUUCUGAUGGAAAAUGUAUUGUGUAUGGAACAGAAGCAGAUGCUGAAGGAAGGAGUAGUCAUUUAAGGCACAAUAAAAUGGGUCCAAGUUUGCACCGCUACAAAUUUGAUUUUGGUGAUACUUUUGACGAUGAUGAUCAAACUUUUGGACCGGAAGAUGAAUACUCUCUAACUCCUAAAUCUAUAUCAAAAGGUCAAAGUAAAUUUCAUCGUGGUGUAGCUUGGAAUGAUUGGGCCUGGGAUGAUCAUCUUGUUUCCAAAGGAUAUGGAGAUGCUAAAGCAUAUUCUCCAAUGUAUGGUGAUCGUUAUCAUUUUGGUGGGAGGGUGAGGCCUAUGCUGGUUAAUGUAGAUUUGAAGGUUCAGGCAAGCUAUCGGAAAGAGCAUGUACCCUUCAUUUCUCUCAUGAGUAAAUUAGAUGGGAGGGCAAUAGUAGGGCACCCAAUCCAGGUUGAAGCUCUCAAGGAUGGUUCAUCUGAUAUUCUAUUUCCUGCAAUUGAUGAUUUCAAUAAUGAUGGGACUGGUUUUGAGGGAAGUAGUGUGCUUCCACCAGCUUGGAGGACUGCAAGGAGAACUGCAAAUUUUCGCGUCCCACGUCCCCAUGUGCUAUCAUCAAAUGGUGCUGAAGUUGCUGGAGAGUUUCCCUCUUCAGAUCAAGAACAAAGCUUUGACUAUAAAAGUUUAAACACCGGAAAUUGCAGUCACCAGGCUAGUCUUCGAAAGAAGAGUGGCCUUAAAAGUCAUCGGUCUUUAGCUGACAAAAAGUCAUUAAAAAAGGUGCCAAAGAAAUUGAGCUUGUCAUCUAGCCAAAAAACUAGAACUCUGUCCUCAUUAUCUACUGAACAUAGUCUUAGUAGAAAGCCAUUACAUGAUAGCAGUAGUUAUCAAACAGAUAGAUUGAUUAAACCAGAAAUCUCUGGGCCCCCUACAGUAGCUUGCAUACCAGUCCAGUUAGUAUUUAGUAGAUUACUUGAGAAGAUUAAUAGGCCUCCAUUGAAAACAGCUAGUAAUGCGGCUUUGCUGAAUACUGGUGUGGAGAGAAAUUCAUAGGUUACAUGUACAUUGUUAUAUGGGAACAAUAAUCUUACAGUUGUAGCACAGUAUAUUAGGCAUGUCUUGUUUCCAACAUAGGGAAGUCCUAUUCAUUUAUUGUCAGCAUUUUAAGGAUUAAUAUGCUGUAUAGUUCCCUAUUCAUCAUGUAUCUAAUCUAGAUAAAUAAAAGGUACAUGAAAUUAUUUAGCUGUCUUGUAACUUGUGUAACUGUACAUUUGCCGGAUCUUGGUUUCCUGAGAAUCGCAACUAGCUAGUUAUUGAUUUAUUAGUUCUAA